AGCAGGAUUAAUUUACGGCCGCUCCGGCCUAAUGCUAUUUAUGUUGAGGUCAUGCAGUAAGGCGAUCCAUUCAAUACAGCGUGAGCAGCACCCACAUCUGCCGUGCAUCGCGUGCUGCCGACUGGGAUAGAACUUUUUGUUUUGUGUUCCUUUUAAACGAAGAAACUAGAAUACAUAGAAGAGAAAGAGAGAGAGAGAGAGAAAAGAGAGGGAACGAAAAUAAAAGAAAGCUUUAAAAGUUUGGAUUUUUUUACUUUCUUCUCGAGCCUUCGGUUUUAGUUUAUCUUGUGUUUUGUUGUUUGGAUUAUAAAGAAAUAUAAGCAAUUAAUCUAAAUGCAGUGGUGAUAACCGCUUCUACUUCUUCUAACUGUGGUAACUUGAUAUUCAAACCGUGUGAUAUAGUGGCAGUGCAGAACAAAGGACUACCAUACUUCACCCUCCCCAACAGCUGCAGUGGUAUGGCCCAAAGCUGCAGUCAAAAUAGUUACCCGUUGUGUGCUCCUGUCAUGAUCACACUUGGAGACCAUGCCAUGAUGGAUCAGUCAUCUGGCAUCACACAGAACGGGGGAACAACCUCCCCGUCACAUUCUGACGAUGGUGUCAGUAAAACCAAUUUGAUUGUAAACUACCUGCCACAGACCAUGUCUCAGGAUGAAAUACGGUCUCUCUUCUCCAGUAUAGGAGAAUUGGAAAGCUGUAAACUGAUUAGGGAUAAGCCAACUGACCCUCUGAUUCCAUCCCCAGGCCAGAGCCUUGGAUACGGGUUCGUCAACUACAAACGACCAGAGGAUGCCGAGAAAGCGAUCAACACACUGAACGGUCUUCGUCUUCAGAACAAAACAAUUAAGGUAUCAUACGCAAGGCCCAGUAGUGAAACAAUUAAAGGCGCCAACUUGUAUGUAAGUGGGCUGCCAAAGUCAAUGGCCCAGCAAGAUUUGGAGAAGUUGUUCUCUCACUGUGGGAAGAUAAUAACAUCGCGAAUUCUUUAUGAUACAAACACAGGCCUGUCUAAAGGUGUUGGUUUUAUUCGCUUUGAUCAAAGAUGUGAAGCUGAACGUGCCAUUCAGAAGUUAAACAACCACAUUCCUGAGGGUUGUUUGGACCCCAUUACAGUUAAAUUUGCUAAUUCCCCAAGCUCCAACAAAAAUUUGGCCGGUAUGGCCCCCUUAGCCCUGGCCACCUAUCUGUCACCCACUCAUCGACGCUUUUUCGGACCCAUUCAUCACGCCACUGCCUCAAGCCGAUUUAGGUACUCACCUUUAGAGUCUGGUCUUCUACAGAACACUAUCCUACCCACAACACUCACCACGGCAGCUUCGGCAGCAGCAGCUGCAGCAGCAGCAACUAGUAGCAAUUCAUCCACCACAGCCCUCAAUGCCACCGGCUGGUGUAUAUUCGUCUAUAACUUGGCCCCAGACACUGAGGACAGUGUACUGUGGCAGCUCUUUGGGCCCUUUGGAGCUGUGCAGAGUGUGAAAGUCAUCCGGGAUUUUACAACACAGAAGUGCAAAGGAUUCGGUUUCGUCACAAUGACCAACUACGAGGAAGCUUUGAUUGCAAUACAAAACCUGAAUGGAUUUACUUUAGGGAACCGAGUCCUGCAAGUUUCAUUUAAGGCAAAUGGGCGUAAACCAUGACUGUAGUUUUCAUACUUAUGUAUCACUCUAUUUACUCCUGUAAUCCAACUUAAAUUACUAGUGUACAGAAAGAAAAAAAAGAGCUUAUACAAAACUAAAAUUGAAAAUUGAACACAAAAACUCUUUCCCCUCCUACCAUAGACUUUACACGCCAGUUUGUAUGAAGACAUAGAAUAGUUGAAAUUAGGCAUCUCUGAAUCCUCAUAAUAUAACUGCCUUCACAUAUAGAGCUGAAACUUGUUAAUUGUUAACAAUAACUAACUCUUUUAUCAAUGAACAAAAUAUCAGUUACUUUCCAUUACUAUAUAUAUAAUAUAUAUUUCAUUUGCACAUUAUGUAUAACAGAACAAAUUAAUAAUGAUAUACAUCUAUUGCUAUAUUCUACCUAUAUGCUCAGGAUUCUUCAACAUGUUUAUAUAUACAUAUAUAUAUAUAUCUGAAAAAAAAAAGCUUACAAGUGAUAUCUAAGAAUAACAAAAUAAGUCUAUGUCUGAUUUAGAUUAGAUUUAUUGAAUACCUGAUUUUUAUGUAGUACUUAGUCUGAAAAAAACAACAACAGAGUUUUAUAAGCAUACAACCCACACAGAGAGCCUAGCACUAUAAAAACCAAACAAGCAAAUAGUGACAUUGUCAUCACUUUUUGUAAUGCUGUGAAGAAAUCUGCUAACCACUUUGACAUUUUUUUUUUAAACCAAUGUUGGGUGAUAUAUAUUUUUUUUUAUAUAAAACAAACAGUUCAUUUGGGGCUGAAAUGUAAAUUUGUAAAGUUUUUCAUUAUGCUGUAAGGACAUAUUUUACAACUAAUUUAUAACCAAUUUUUUUUGGUAUCUUUUUUUUUUUUUAAAUUUAUUUUUCUUUACUUCCCCAGUUUUUCUCUUUUUUCCAAAACCCCGAUUUAAAAGAAUGUUUAUUCUAAAACAAACAAAAAAAAAAAAGCAGCAAAAUCACUUACCUAUACGACCUUUUCCCCCUUUUCUCCUUGUGCAUAAUCAAUAACAUUUCAAUGAAUGUUUUAUUCUUUUUGUAGAAUUUGAGUUGGAUUUUUAUUUCAUGGUUCAUUAUUUUCUUUCCUUUUUUUUUUUGGUUGUUUUCUUUUUUUUUUUUUAACAUUUUAAAAUGUUUUUUUUUAAAAGCUACACUUUGCAAAACAUAACUGCAUAAUAUUUGUCAUGUAUGGAUGUUUGUAAUGUAUUUACUGCGCUUCAGGUGCACGUAGAAGCUCAACGGCUCUUAUUUUUAUGUCUUUUGAUUCUCAUUAUGUAGACUUUGUGUUCUAGUUUAAACCAUCAAGCUUUUAUUAGUUUAAUUCUUUUCUUCUGGUCUUCUUUGUUGUCUUUUAUUUUCUUCCAUUUCAUUUCAUUUAAUUAGUUUACUUUUUUUUUUAGGUUUUAGUUUUUCUGGCUCCGAGAAGGAAACAAUUUUGUUCUAUGCUUUAUCUAUUAAACAUUUUUUCUUCUGUUUA